AUGGUGGAUGAAUAUUAUCGACUAAUUGAUAUUUUUGAAACGGUUUCGGUUUUUGCACCGAAUGAAAAGGUGACUUGUAUUGAUGGAACAUCAAGGACAUUAUUUGUCGGAACUUCAGAAGGACGCAUUUUGCUUAUGGAUCUUUCAACAAAGAGUGUGAUUGAUGCGUUGCAGCUUUCAACGAAUGCUUCCGUUGCACGAAUAGUGGCUGCCACAGCGCCUGGUUAUCUUAUUGUUCUGUCAGCGUUCACUCUCUUUAAUAUAGAAAUAAAAACAUUGAAGCCAAUUAGCUCAAGUACGGUGUCAAAUAUAGCUCAUUUGGCGUUGAAUAAGGAUCCUGUGGUAGCAGAUCCGUUUGCUUUACAACUUGCUUUAGUUAAGAAUAAUCGCUACAUUUUGGUUUGUGAAAGCAGAGCGGACAAUUUGAUAAUUCAACAAGAGAUACGAACUGAGGACAAUGUGGUUGCCUUAUCGUAUAAUAAAUAUUGCGUAUGCUAUGCUCUGCCCAAUGCUUAUUUUGUUUAUAAUAUUCUAGAAAAUAAAACUCUGUCAUUGUUCCCGUACGACUCACAGGCUAUACGUCCUAUCAUUAUAAACACAGAUGCGGAGGAAUUUCUGAUAAACGGUAUGCAAGGCUUAGGCGUUUUCGCAACAUCAGAAGGUGUCUCAUCGCGACCGCCGCUAUUCUGGAGUUUGACUUCUAUCUUAUCAUUUGCGUAUCGUUCACCACAUGUCUUUGUUCUAACAGCAUCAUCGAUUAUCGUUUACAGUUCCGAACAGUCAAUUGUUCUCCAAAGAUGGCCCUUCACAACUGGAACGUUGUUGGAAUGUAUUGAUGGGCAACUGUAUGCUUGCAAUAGCGAGAAUAUCAGUCAUAUAGAAGAAAUAUCGUGGCUUGAUAGGGCAGAAGCUCUUGUUGAUAAUGGAGAGUUGGAUGAAGCAUUGAGAUUUGCUGAAAAUGCUAUUUCGACUGGGCAGUAUGACGAGGCAGAAAUACUGAAAUUCAAUGAGUUAAAGCAGAAAGUGGCCUUAGUGCAUUUCAAACGAGAUGAAUUUGAAAAAUUUUACGAAUUGGCCGUGUUAUCCGAAUUGGAUCCUCGUGCGGUUUUGAUAUCAUUUAGAUUUUUGCUUCCGUUUCCAUCAGGGUUUCGAUCAGAGCCAAGCAAAGAAGCCUCAAAGUUAUCAAAGGAAGUUUUUGGUGAUUUUGUUGCAGAAAGAUCUGUUCAACUUACAACUUUUUUGGAACAUUAUCUGAGAACAAUCAGAAAACUUCAUUGGACCGUUGGAUUUUGUCGGGAUAUUGACGCUAUACUACUGAGAUUGAUAUCACUACGACAAGAUGCACUAGAUGCUGAGGAUAUGUCAUUAAAUCUUCACUGUACAUUAGAUGAUUGUAAUAAAUGGAUGCGGGAACAUAAUUGCCGAAAAUUUCUCAUUACCGUUGCAUUUUGCCUCUUAGAUUUUGAUAACGCACUUGCAAUAAGUCGAGAAUUAUAUAAUGAGAAUCUUUGGGAUGAUGGAAUUGCAAAACUGUGUCUACAAUUCUUUCCAAGCUUUCAUUCGGAACAAACAAUAUUAGGUUGGGUUGAGUUCUUGCUCAAAGUUCGCCAGGAUGAUGUAAUUGACGCUCUAAGAAGAUGCUCAGUCAAAUUAGAUCAUUCGAAAGUUAUGCAAAUUUUGCAGCAAGAACGGAAUACGCUGAUCAAAUAUCUUGAAGGGAUUAAGUCGCUCGAAAAUGUAGAAUUCCAUUCAUUGUUAUUUUCAAUGUACAUAGACGAAAUCAACGCGUUGUUGGAAGGUGAAAAAAGUGAAAAAUCGUGCAGAAGAGGAUUGCGUGUUUUCCUUCUUCAGCCAAAUAAGCUAAAUUUACUAAACACACGUGCCAUUCUCAAGAGUUACCCACAUUUUGCUGUCGAAUUAACUUUGCUCGAAGGUGUUCAGGAAAGAGGUUCCGUUGAAUACCUGGAAAAAUUGCUUAAUGAUCACAGAGAUUACGAUGCAGCUGAAUUAUUUUGCAUUUAUACAGAUACAUCGGAAUGCACUCUGAGAUUGACACUUCUGAAAUUUUAUCUGCGAAAUGUCUCGUCUCAGCCGGAAUUCAGAUCACGUAUAAUCAAUUUAUUGAAUGCACCUGACUUUACAUCAAAUGGGACUGAAGUAUUGCAAGAUAUUCCGAAGGAAUGGUUAUUAUCGUCAAUUCUUUGUUUCGCAAAAGGUACCGUAUUAUCAGCAAAGGACCAAUCGCACUGUCAGCAACUGAAGGAAAAGGUAUUUUAUCAAUAA